CGGAGGAAAAAUCCUCCUUAUUCACCCUGGACCACUUAUCCUCCCCAUCUGAUGCUGCUGCUGCCGAUGAUGAUGGUGAUGCUCUAAACGCAACCUGCGUGAUUUUCCCCCGGUAAAGGCCAGUUCCCUGCUAUGCCUCUCACACGGCUGUUGAGACACCAGUGCGAAUUGAAGAGAUGCACGAUUGCCAUUGUUUCUUAUCCCCAAAUUGUAUGGGCAUCACGACACACCAUUCCCAUUGCGGAAAUAAGGGCCGACAAUCAAGGCUUCACUUUGUUUGACAUUCAGCCAGCAACAGAAUGAUCGAAGAAGGCAGUAAACGAGGCAAGGCCAUGGUGGAGAAGAGACAGCUCUUCAUGGAAAUGAGAGCUCAAAACUUCGAUGUAAUCAGACUGUCGACUUACAGGACUGCCUGCAAACUCCGGUUUGUGCAAAAGAGAUGCAAUCUUCAUCUGGUGGAUGUCUGGAACAUGAUCGAAGCCUUUCGUGACAACGGGCUCAACACAUUGGACCACAAUGCUGAGAUCAAUGUGUCGCGGCUGGAGACUAUCUUGUCUUCCAUCUACUACCAGCUGAACAAGCGGCUGCCCACCACCCACCAGAUCAAUGUGGAGCAGUCCAUCGGGCUGUUGCUCAACUUCAUGGUGGCCACCUAUGACAGUGAAAGCCAUGGGAAGCUGACAGUGUUCUCAAUGAAAUCCAUGCUGUCAACAAUGUGUGGAGGGAAAAUUGUGGACAAACUACGUUAUAUUUUCUCACAGAUCUCUGACUCAAGCGGAGUCAUGAUGUUUGCAAAGUUUGAUCAGUUUCUCAGGGAGGUGCUGAAACUCCCCACAGCCGUGUUCGAGGGCCCUUCUUUUGGCUACACGGAGCAUUCAGUGCGGACGUGCUUCCCUCAGCAGAAGAAGAUUAUGCUGAACACGUUUUUGGAUGUGUUGAUGGCAGAUCCUCCCCCUCAAUGCCUCGUAUGGCUCCCGCUCAUGCACCGACUUGCUAAUGUUGAAAAUGUCUUCCAUCCGGUGGAAUGUUCAUAUUGCCGGAGCGAAAGCAUGAUGGGUUUCCGGUAUCGGUGCCAACAGUGCCAUGGCUACCAGCUCUGUCAAAGCUGUUUCUGGCGUGGCCAUGCCAAUGGUCCCCACAGUAACCAGCACCAGAUGAAGGAGCACUCUUCUUGGAAGUCUCCGGCCAAAAAGCUGAGCCACGCAAUCAGCAAAUCUCUGGGCUGCGUCCCCAUCGGAGAGCCACCACAUCCUGUGUUCCCCGAGCAAGCUGAGAGACCACAGGAACUGACUCAUACUGUUCAGCCGAAACCAGUGGCCAACAACAUGAACGACACAAUGCUCAUGUCCUCUGGGACACCUACUCCUACCAAAAGUGUCUUGGAGAGUCCCAGCCGGCUAGAUGAAGAGCACCGCCUCAUCGCUCGCUAUGCUGCCCGCCUGGCAGCCGAGGCGGGCAAUUCCACACAACAAUGUCCUCCAUCAGAUCUGAGUUUCAACUUCGAUGCCAACAAGCAACAGAGGCAGCUGAUUGCAGAGCUGGAGAACAAAAACAGGGAGAUCCUCCAGGAGAUCCAGCGGCUGCGUUUGGAGCACGAGCAGGCCUCUCAGCCGACCCCAGAAAAAGCCCAGCAGAACCCCACACUUCUCACUGAACUGCGGCUCCUCAGACACAGGAAAGACGAGCUGGAAAGGCGCAUGUCAGCCCUGCAGGAGAGCAGACGGGAGCUGAUGGUGCAGCUGGAGGGACUCAUGAGGCUGCUAAAGUCCCAGUCCGGAGGCUCCCCUCACUCUUCCCCUAGUCACGGUGCGGGCUGCUCCAUGCCCAUGCCCAUACGCUCCACCUCGGCUGGGUCCACCCCAACUCACACACCACAGGACUGCCUGGCCGGGGUGGGAGGGGACGUGCUUGAGGCCUUUGCUCAGGGUGUACCUAGAAAUCUUCGGAAUGAUUUAUUGGUUGCUGCUGACUCAAUCACAAACACAAUGUCAUCACUGGUGAAAGAGCUCCACUCAGUAGAUGAUGGGGGGCUGGAAGAGGAGACCAACAUGAGGAACGGUGGGGACAGAGGCACAGUGAGACUACAGAAGCACUGAGGAAAAGAGAACACAACUCCACCCUGUAAGGAUAUACAGUCAUCAAAUGGGAAGAAUCAGUAACAACAACAACAACAACAACAACAACAACAACAACCCCUGGCAUUAGCACGUAGAGUAAUGCAUGCUGUAAUCUAACAGGAUUUCACUAUGUGAAAAAAACAUUUCUUCACACCUUGCAGGUAGCAAGAUGUGUCUAAUUAGCGAGUGUGUAUGUAUUUACGUCCUGUAAACAAAAACUGCUGUAAUCAAUAAUGAUUUCCCUCAUGACUGCUAAGGAAUGGCUUGCUGUGCUUUUUCCUCCAACUGUUCCAUUGCAGCAGAUCAUUCUGUAUAUAAAAUACUGUAAACACAUGACCAUGGGAACGCCCCUACAUGAAGGUAACCUUCUGUCACAACAAGUUCCCUGUCGUUGCUUUUGUAUGAUUAGCACUAGUAUUUCUUCUUUCUUUUUUUUUAAAUCAUUUCUGCAUGAAGUUGCACUCAUGUCUGGAUUUAGGUACUGUACCAUGCAAUGCCAGCUCUUUGUGGGCCUGUGAUAACAGCUGGGGUGUCAGAAGUGUCCUGCCUCAGAAUUCAUGCUGAGUGUGUUUACUUGCACAACCAUAUUCUGAACUUUUGUAAAGACAUUUUGUAAAAGCAGACUGCUCCGGGUGUGGCCGUCGCCGUGAGUGUGCCACGAAACCGGCGGAGACUCCAGGAAGUCACUGCGCCCUGCCAAGAAAUAGUCUAGCACAUAAUCCCUGUAACAAAAAAACACAACUUGUCAGCUUUAGAGGUGCUGGUUGGGCAGAGCCAGGCUAGGUUUGCCCCUGUUUUACGGCUUUAUGCAAAGCUAACUGUCUCCAUCAAAAACAUUUGAUUAUUGUAUUGUAAUUUAAUUGUUAGUUGAAUCUCUCGCCAGGAGACCAAACACUUCCUGCUGUUUGCAUAAUGUCAGUUGGGUUUCCAUGGUAAUAUUCUUCCUAUUAAUGUGUGUAGGGCUAUCUGUGAUUAUGGUAUAAAGAUGUACAUAAACAGCUUAUAAACCAGGCAUAAUAGCUGGUAUCCAGAAUACUGCGUGCAUGUAAACACACUCACUGAGUCACAUACUGUACUGCUGCUACUGUGCUCUCAGUGAGCCACCCUUGCAAAUAAGAGGGCUGUGUGAUUAAGAGAAACUAAGGGGCUACUACAAACACAAUAAUGAGCUGAGUCUUGUUGUUUCCUCCCCAUUAAAACUUAACUGAACACGCCUGACUAGCUGGUAGCCUCAGUAUUUAUUGUUUCAAGUGUAGGGAAGCACCUCAGGAUGUUUAAAUAGUAAUGAACUGGCCACUGAGUUUUAGUUGUGAGUUACAAAAUGAGAUCUUAUACAGUGUGUGAGGAUGUAAGGUUGUAAUAAGCAAGUAGGAAAUGCUUUGAUAGCUUUAUUGAGUUAAUAAAGGAAUAUUGAAAAUGUUUAUGUGCAAUGAAGAUAGGUGCUCAGGGACUGCAGAGCUACUCUAAGUGAAAUAUGGUGGUAUUGUAUUUUAACUGCUAGACGUCAUUGACCACAGACCGAAAGGUUAAAGGGCAAUGAUGAUUAAAAAUGGAGGGUUUCAGUCCAAAAUGUACACUGUUAUUUAUAAUUAAUAUUAUGCCUUCGACUUUCUUGUGAUCCCUGUCGUAAGAUUGUGUUGAUAUUUCCUAACAUUUUUUUCUGUCGCGCUGUCUCCUUUUGGAAUGAAACUCUUUAAAUGUGUAGAGGAAAACAACAGUAAGUGACUAAACGCUGGAUAAAGAAUGUGGAUCAUUAGAAAGAGAGAUGUUUUUCUGAAGUGCUAUUUGGUGAAACAUGUAGUUUGUCUGUGUGUGAAUUUGUGUCUUUCACGGAAAAGCAAUGCUAUCACAGAGAUAACUGUCAACCAGAGAGGAUGUUUAUUGUGAGUCGGACAGCGAUCAGGUCUAAGUCACCUUUACGUUUAUGUCUUCUGGUUCAAUGUUUUGGGGUUUUUUUAAAUCCAUUUUAUCCAUUCAUCUCAAAUGAAAAUGAGGAAUGUUUGCUUUUUAGUAAAUGCAACGUGAUAAAGACUGGGAGCAGUUUUAGAGUAACAUGUUUAGUUCUCAAAGAAAGUUGUGCAGAAAAUCUGAAAAGCUUGUUCUGAGAUUUGUACAGUAAGUCUAUCCUGUAAGCAUAAGGUUUCAACAACCUGUUACACUGUGUCAAGAAAAAGGACAAAAAGAGGCUCCUCUGUUAUCAACGUUCCAAAUGUGAUGUUUUUAUUCACUGCCCUGUUCUGCUCUAUGUUAUCAUUAUUGUUAUUAUUCUGGUUUACAGUCAGUAUUAGUGGAUCAUUGUCAAUGUAAUGAGUUUGUCAAAACACAAAUUCACAUGCACACUCACUUGGGCCCAAAUAUAAAUUCAUAUGAAGACUGUAUGAGUACAAUAAUUUAAAAUUCUGUGAUCACUGCUGUCACAAAGUUUAGUUUAUUCAGCAGAAAAGGUCCAGAAAUUAUUAAAAUGAAGAGGUAAAAAUUUAAACUGUCCUACCCAUUCUGGUCAUGCAUUGGAAUUCAAUGGUUAGCUCUUUUUUUGUUGUUCUUUCAGUUUGUGCCUGUAGCUGUUCUGUAAAGUGCUGUAUAAAGUAGCCAUUCAUCAACUGUUCAAAGUAAUCUAUCAGCCUUUAUGUCGGAGUUUUAGUCUGUGACUUUGUAGAGAUUUUAUUUAUUUAUUAUGUGUGUUCUGGGGGAAACUGAUGCUCAGCCUUUACAUUUGUGCCAAACUGUUUGCAGACAUUGUGUGUCAUUCAAAUUACAGGUAUAAAUCAAAGUAUAUCUGCAUUAGUAUGUUGUUGUUGCUCAUAGUUUAUUCACAGAAUGCCUGGAGAUGUUCACAGUUAAUGUUUUCCACUGCUGGAAAAACUCCCAUUUAAUAGUUGAUAAAGAAAACACAUUCCAAAUCUACUGAUAGACAGUCACUGAUGUCAUUUUAGCCAGUGUGGAGGCAAUAGUGUAUAUACCCUGUCAGACCAAACUCUGGGUAUUACAAAUAAAUACAGUCAGUCAUACAGAGGUGCAGACAUUGUGAUCAUUUUAUUGUUUGCAGAGAGACUAUGUGCAAAGAGGACAACCUCGACUACAAUGCUCCCCUGAUGUUAUUUAUCUAUGUCUGUGUUCUGUAUGGUUAUGCUUCUGGUACACAUUGUUUCUCAUGUUGAGUUUACAAAACAUAGUUUUAUGUCACAAAGCCACUGUCUUUUGUAAAUAAAUCAAAUGUGAGAUAUAUUAAAAAUAUUUAAAAUAUG